GUAGGUGCGCGCCGCGCCCGCUCCCGCCCGGGGAGAGUCCGGGCCGGGUUUUGCGCCGGGUCCCCGGGCUCGUCUCACGGCCUCCAGCCGCCGCCGCUGCCGUGUUUACUGAGCUCGCGCGUCCUGAUAUCACUCCGCUGGCAUGGAGGAGGAGGAGGAGGUGGAGGAGCGCGAGGAGGAGGAGGAGGCGGCGGCGGCGGCGGCGGCGGCGAGCAGUUGAUCAUUGUGAUGGUGGCGGAGGCGGCGGCGGCAGCGGCAGCCUGGCCGAGCGUUAGGGGCUGCUCUCCGCGCGGCGUUUCGCAAAGGACUUCAGCGAUCUACUUUUGCAGUCGCCUCGGACUGUCCAUGUGUUUACUUGCCCCAGCCCGAGGACUCGAUGUCUAGGCUCCUGUGAAAUGCAACUGAGCAGCCAAAGUACUUUGAGAACACGGGGCGGCAUAAACACCAAAACUUUUUUGUGGAAGGAAAAUGCAAUAAGCAAGCUCGCCGUUUUCCGAUGCGGCGUGGAGUGAGUGUAUGUCGCGCGUGUCCGCACUGGAGGCACACGCUUGUGUGUGUACAUGGGGUGUGUUUUUCGGUACGUAGGGAGAAAAUGCUUGCCAACCACCGGAAACCUCCUGGAAUUUAUUAGAAAAUAAUGGAUUAUUAAAAGGAGGCAGGCGAGGAGCGGAUCUCCCCUUGAGUUGCAAGCCUAUCUGCUGCCGGCUCAGUUUGUUGGGAUUCUAUUUGUUGAUAGGUGUCUGAUGGUAUUCAGAUAACACCCCCUCUUUCCUUCCCUCGAUCUUUACAGUUUUUUCUUUUAAGGAAACAACAACAAAAACCACCCCAAAAUUUCUCCCCCUUUUUUUUUUUCGCCCCGUGGGGAUCGCUGUUUUCAUCCAUGUGCUUGCGUCUCCCCCGCGUUCCACUUAAACUAUUUUAAUCCUUGGACCCAAGGAGGAGGCUGAUAGGGGGGUGGAUUAAAAAAAAAAAGUUCUUCCAAAAUAGUGUGCCCCGGGAGCAGGAUGGGGGAUUUCGCAGCCCCCGCUGCUGCCGCGAAUGGUAGUAGUAUCUGCAUCAACAGCAGCCUGAGCAGCAACCUCGGCGGGGCCGGGAUCGGCGUGAAUACUCCCAAUAGCACUCCGGCUGCUCCGAGUGGCAAUCACCCCGCUGCCGGCGGCUGCGGCGGCUCCGGGGGCCCCGGCGGCGGCUCGGCGGCCGUCCCCAAGCACAGCACGGUGGUCGAGCGGCUCCGGCAGCGUAUCGAGGGCUGCCGGCGGCACCACGUCAACUGCGAGAACAGGUAUCAGCAGGCUCAGGUGGAACAGCUGGAGCUGGAGCGCCGGGACACCGUGAGCCUCUACCAGCGGACCCUGGAGCAGAGGGCCAAGAAAUCGGGCGCCGGCACCGGCAAGCAACAGCACCCGAGCAAAGCCCAGCAAGAUGCGGAGGCUGCCUCGGCGGAGCAGAGGAACCACACGCUGAUCAUGCUCCAAGAGACUGUGAAAAGGAAGCUGGAAGGGGCCCGAUCACCACUUAAUGGGGACCAGCAGAAUGGGGCUUGCGAUGGGAGCUUCUCUCCCACAAGCAAGCGCAUCAGAAAGGACCUCACCACGGGGAUGGAAGCCAUCAACAGUUUGCCCAACAACCUGCCGCCGCCUUCAGCUUCACCCCUUCACCAGCUUGACCUCAAGCCUUCUUUGCCCUUGCAGAACAGCGCUGCUCACACUCCUGGGCUGCUAGAGGAUCUGGGUAAGAAUGGCAGGCUCCCUGAGAUUAAACUCCCUGUCAAUGGCUGUGGGGAUCUGGAGGAUAGCUUUGCUAUAUUGCAGAGCAAGGACCUCAAACAGGAGCCUCUUGAUGACCCCGCCUGCAUAGACACAUCCGAAACGUCACUUUCUAAUCAGAACAAGCUGUUCUCUGACAUUAACCUGAAUGACCAAGAGUGGCAGGAACUAAUAGACGAGCUGGCCAACACGGUUCCGGAAGAUGACAUCCAGGACCUGUUCAAUGAAGACUUCGAAGAGAAGAAGGAUCAGGAAUUCUCACAGACGACCAUGGAGACCCCACUCUCCCAUGAGAGUGCGAGUGUGAAGAGCGAUGCCUCUCAUUCUCCUUUUGCACACAUCUCUAUGGGGUCGCCCCAAACCAGACCUUCAUCUUCUGGUCCCCCCUUUUCUACUGUCUCCACAGCCACUAGCUUGCCAUCUGUGGCCAACACCCCUGUGGCUCCAAACCCUGCCAGCUCGCCAGCUAACUGUGCUGUCCAGUCCCCCCAGACUCCAAACCAAGCCCACACUCCAAACCAAGCCCCCCCUCGACCUGGCAACGGCUAUCUCCUUAAUCCAGUCUCGGUGACGGUGACGGGGUCAGGAUCGGGCUCCGUGGCAGUGCCCAGCUCUGACAUGUCCCCAGCAGAGCAGCUCAAGCAGAUGGCUGCCCAGCAACAACAGAGGGCCAAACUCAUGCAGCAGAAGCAGCAGCAACAGCAGCAGCAGCAGCAGCAGCAACAGCAGCAGCAGCAGCCCCACUCAAAUCAGACUUCAAAUUGGUCUCCCUUAGGGCCUCCGUCAAGUCCAUAUGGAGCAGCUUUUACUGCAGAAAAACCAAAUAGCCCAAUGAUGUACCCCCAAGCCUUUAACAACCAAAACACUAUAGUGCCUGCAAUGGCCAACAGCCUGCAGAAGACGACCAUCAACAACUACCUCCCUUCGAAUCACAUGAACAUGAUCAGUCAGCAGCCAAAUAACUUGGGUACAAACUCCUUAAACAAACAGCACAAUAUUCUCACCUAUGGCAACACUAAGCCUCUGACCCAUUUCAAUGCGGACUUGAGUUCAAGAAUGACGCCCCCCAUGGCCAACCCCAACAAAAACCCCUUGAUACCCUACAUCCAGCAGCAGCCUCCGCAGCCCCAGCCGCCACCACAGCCGCAGCCUCCCCAGCAGCAGCCUCCGCCUCCACCACCGCUCCAGGCUCCCAGAGCGCACCUGAGUGAGGACCAGAAACGCAUGCUUCUCAUUAAGCAGAAAGGAGUGAUGAAUCCGCCCAUGGCCUAUGCUGCGCUUCCAGCCCACGGUCAGGAGCAGCACACAGUUGGUCUUCCCAGGACCUCGGGCCCCAUGCAGAACUCUGUGCCCCCAGGGUCGAGCAGCAUGGUCUCCGGAGCCAGUCCUGGGGGUCUUGGCUUUCUAGGCAGCCAGCCACCGGCAGCCAUCAUGAAGCAGAUGCUAAUGGAUCAACGGGCCCAGCUGAUGGAGCAUCAGAAGCAACAGUUCCUCCGGGAGCAGCGGCAGCAGCAGCAGCAGCAGCAGCAGCAGCAGCAGCAGCAGAUCCUGGCGGAGCAGCAGAUACAGCAGUCGCAUCUGCCCCGCCAGCACCUCCAGCAGCAGCGGACUCCCUACCCAGUGCAGCAGGUCAACCAGUUCCAAGGUUCACCCCAGGACAUAGCAGCCGUGAGAAACCAGGCAGCCCUCCAGAGCAUGCGAACAUCGAGGUUGAUGGCACAGAACGCAGGCAUGAUGGGAAUGGGACCCUCCCAGAACCCAGGGACAAUGGCCACAGCAGCAGCCCAGUCAGAGAUAGGACUGGCCCCUUAUAGUGCCCCUCCAACCAGCCAACCAGGAAUGUACAACAUGAGCACAGGAAUGACCCAAAUGUUGCAGCAUCCUAACCAAAGUGGCAUGAACAUCUCACACAACCAAGCCCAGGGACCCAGGCAGCCUGCCUCUGGACAAGGGGUAGGCAUGGUGAGUGGCUUCGGGCAGAGCAUGCUGGUGAACUCGGCUCUUUCCCAGCAGCACCAGCAGCUGAAAGGACCCGUGAGCCAGGCCUUGCCAAGGCCCCAAGGCCCACCAAGGCUUCAGAGUGUCAUGGGAACCGUCCAACAAGGAGCACAAAGCUGGCAACAGAGAGGCUUGCCGGGAGUGCCCGGGAGGACUAGUGGAGAGUUGGGACCGUUCAACAAUGGCGCCAGCUACCCACUUCAAGCUGGUCAGCCAAGACUGACCAAACAACACUUCCCACAGGGACUAAGCCAGUCAGUCCUGGACACUAACACUGGCGCCGUGAGAACCCUCAAUCCAGCAGCUAUGGGCCGUCAGAUGAUGCCACCACUCACAGGGCAGCAAGGUACCAGCCAGGUGAGGCCACUGGUCAUGUCUGGUCUGAGCCAGGGUGUCCCUGGCAUGGCGACAUUCAGCCAGCCCCCAGCACAGCAGCAGAUGGUGGGCGGCAGCUUUGCCGCAAGCAAUCAGGGCCAGGCCUAUGAGCGGAACCCCGCUCAGGACAUGUCAUACAGUUAUAGUGGUGAGGGUGCUGGGGCUUCGUUCCCCGGCCUCCCAGACAGUACAGACCUCGUGGACUCCAUCAUCAAAGGUGGCCCAGGGGAUGAGUGGAUGCAAGAGCUUGAUGAACUAUUUAACCCCUAGUCAGAAGGGGCCCAAGAGCUGCAGUGGUGGAAGCCUCACAGGCGAGAAAGAAACAGGAUGGUGCCCCAUCCUUGUUUUUUGUUUUUUUGACCCACGUAAACUGAGAAAAAUGACAGCUGGCUGAAGUGGAAGGUCCAGGUGUCGACCCCCAGCUCCGUGGGGCUUCAUCCCACCUGCCUUCCAAAGAGCAAUCAAGUAGAGAGGCCACACAGAUACCUGCUUGCAGAGAAGGGAUGUGGAGAGCAGGUGGGUAAGCCGAGGCAGCAAGAGUUCCUCUGCUAAGCACCCCUGGGACCUACUGGUCCAGAAAGAGUGGUUCCAGCCCAGAGGGACUAUGGCCCAAGAUGAGGUCUCCUUAGACCUUCUUCCUGCCUCAGGUCCCGAGACCUCAGAGACGGAACCUCAGCCAGAGAAAGCCCAGCAGAGGAUGCUGGGAGACACACAGGCCAUGUGCAUAGGUCAGAAAUGCUCUGAAUGCUGGAUGGAAGGAGUUGUAUACUUCCAGAUGUGUUACUGGAUGCGGAGGCAGGAACACAGAACAGUGAGCUCGCCUGAGCUGGCCCAAGGGAGACAAGCAAGGGUCCUGCAGGUCUGUCCGUCUCCUGCCCAGCGAUGACCCUCAGGAAUGGUAAGGUGUUGCUGCCAGCCCCCUCAGCGGGAUAGACAACGAUGCUUGAGAAGGGCCCAUCUAGUAGCCCUGAAGGCCAGCUUCUGCCAGCGGCCACGGCGGCCAUCACUCUAGGUUGCGCUGAGAUUCCCAGAGUCCCCAUCCGAUUUGACACGCCUAGCUAUUCUUCAUCUGUUUAUGGCCAUAGGGUGGAAAGACCCCUGCUGAAUUCAGGGUCUGCCAGCUCAGCCCCUUCCUCCCUCACCACGGCCUCUGUUCCUCCUGGCCUCUGUGCCAGCCUGCCUUCACUUCUCCCUCCAGACUACCCAGGAGCUGAAGCACCCGGGGCAAAGGCAGAGUCAAAGCAAGAAGACUUUCGACCGCGUCUGGUGUACAAAGGUCUCCGCGGGAGCCAAGUGGUUUAUAGGAGUCACACCCAUACUUCUGCUAUCCCCAGGGAAGAAUGGCCUGAAGAUCCCGGCUCCUUCACAUGGUUGGAACGGGGACUCUCAGGAACCAGUCUUGCUUAUCAUCAGAAAGGCAAAUAUCAAAUGCUAGAGAUGGAAAAGCUGAAAAAUCAGAACUCCAUCCUACCAAUGUGGAUGCUACAGAGAGGGAGACGUGGUCCCCAUGCUGAAGGCAAUCUACUUCCAAAGCUGUGCCGCAGGUCUCUUGGUCACUCACACAUACCUGCCCGAAGUGAAAACCAAGAAGGAAUUAACAGCCUCCAUUGUCACGAGCCUUGUCUCUUCCUCUUUCCUCCCCUCCCACAAUCCCAUCUUGGAGGUCAAGCGGCAUUUUUCCAUGGUGUUUACUGUUCUCCUAACCACACAAAUGCACGUGUACAGACACACACACACACACACACACACACAUACAUCCUACAAACUGGCUUCCUCCCAUGUCUUCACAUACAUCUUACUACAGAGAACCAGAGCCUGUGGGGACUGCACCAGCCAUACCCAAGGAAGUCCAGAGAAGGUGCGCUGCAGUGGGAAGCUGAGGCGGAGACUGUGGCUCUGUUCUCCAGAUCCCAAGAGUUCCAGACCUGCUCUGACAGGAAGUGAAGCCGGAGGCACCAGGGUGAGGAGGAGCUGUGUGCCUCUCCAAAGAGGUGGUGGCAGGGUGACUGUGAACUCCCAGAAUGGGGAGGCACUGCCACUGGGGAGACUUGACUGAAAACCAAAAAGUAAAAAUAAAAAUAAAAUAGUGACGUGAGAAAACAGAACACAGACGUAUCACCUUUUCCUGCCAGGUUACAGGAAAGAAACACAAGAAACACGUAAGCAAUGAGGAGACACUGGAGGUGCGGAGUGGGCUCCAUCGUCCCGUCAAAGCCUCCUGCAAGUGCUCAGCCUGAGGACCAACUACUAGAGCGGUAGAUUUGAAUGAGGUCGUUUGUUUUGUUUUUACUAAGGUGCUGAUGUAUAUGUAAUGUCUAAAAAAAAAAAAAGUUAUUUGUACAUAAGUUUUUACAAUGCUACAGAUAUCACUGGGUCUACUAUAUGUAAAAAGUAUACAUAUAAAUAUAUAUAUAUAUAUAUAUAAUGUUUGUUUAAAAUAGAGUAUUUUUAUUUCCUCCCUAACUCAUCAUUGAAGAGGUGACAUCACACUUCAGGUGACAUCUAAUUACUGGUUUAGACUGUCGGACCUAUGGCAACUUCCUCCGUUUUAUUCAGAUUUUUCUAAUCUUCUGUUCUUACUUUGUACAUCAAGCCUUGCUCAUUUCCUUUAAGGAAUGUACAGAACUCUGAAAUGUAGAGGUAAAGCAAUGUUGACAUACCACUUUUAAAGAAGAAACAACCAAUGGAAAUAAAAUGUCACUCUCUGAAUCGA